AUGCCAAAUUGCAUUCGAAGCCCGGAGAUUGCCAGGCCCUCCCAUUCAGAGAGCCCUUCGCAAAAAAUUAAUAAUGAUUAUCAUUCCAACAGAUCUGACAUAGGUAGCAGCAGUGGAGUGUAUGACAGCAGGCCCUCAUAUGCUCGGUCGAAAGAUGCUCGGUCGACAGAUGCUCGGAGCAAGAAAGCGCCAAUAACCGCUGGCAAAACAUCAUCUGAGUCUAGGUUGAAAAGUGGCAGGUUCCUGAGCAAGGAGCAUGGAACUUCAUCCAGCAGAUCUUACAGAGGUAGCAGCAGUGGAGUGUUUGACAGCAGGCCCUCAGAUGCUGGGUCGACAGAUGCUCGGUCAGGCAAUGCAAGCCAGGAGCAGCAGGCUAAUUCUCCGAGCAGAUCAGAUGAUACUGCUGGGAGGAAGAGCGUGAGCAAGAAAGCGCCAUUAACCGCUUGCAAAACAUCAUCUGAGUCUAGUUUGAAAAGUGGCAGGUUCCUGAGCAAGGAGCAUGAAACUUCAUCCAGCAGAUCUAACAGAGGUAGCAGCAGUGGAGUGUGUGACAGCAGGCCCUCAGAUGCUCGGUCGACAGAUGCUCGGUCGACAGAUGCUCGGUCGACAGAUGCUCGGUCGACAGAUGCUCGGUCGAGCAUUGCAAGCCAGAAGCUGCAGGCUAAUUCUUCGAGCAGGUCUGAUGAUAGAGUUGGGAGAAAGAGUUUGAGCAAGGACACCCACUUGACAGCUGGUAAAUCAUCCUCCAAGUCCAGCAAGUCGACUUAAAAGAUGAGUAGCAGGUUGAGUGAGUAGUUAAAGCAUAUAAAUUGGUGAACCUUUCCAUAAUAAUUGCUCCAGGAUACGAGCAACACAAAUAUAACAAAGUACAAUUUUAUUAAAUAUACCGAACAAAUAUUUGUCCCUUUUCCAAAAUGCAAUUUCCUGCAACACUCUUUGGUUGUUUCUGCAGUGGAUUUAAAAGUGUGUUCGUAAAUACUGUGCAUUUGUCCCUUUGAAAUUUGCCUUCCGAAAGCUGCUCAUUACAGUAUAGUUAUUGUUAAUUAAUACACUGUCUUGAUAUAUGUAAUGGAUUGUUACCUAUAUAUGUGUGUAACUGUAUAUCUAAGCAGCGAGUUUUGAUAUUUCGGAUAUUUCACAAAGAGUAUAUUAUAUGUAUAACUAGAGUCAAAUGAAGUUUCCUUAAAUCUGACGUUCAAUUGAUGCGUGUGUGUAUAUUUAAUAUGUUUCAUUUAUGAUUUGGUCAUAUACGAUUUGAUAGAAUUUGAAGGAAAAAUUUUCAGGAAAAAUGUUUCAAAAUUACCCACUAAAAGGUGGUGUCUCAUUAAAGCAUAUUACUUCAACUGUGGAUGAAAUGAAUUUUGUGAAAUAUCAAAUUAAAUUUUUGGUCAUCGAAGCCUAAUAAUAUAUAAUUAUACUAACUUUGGGACAUUUGAGUUCUUUCAACAUGUGUGCUCAAAAUUAUGUAAUGCUUUGAGAUAUAUUGCCUUUUAUUUAGUAUAAUAUAUGACUCUCUUUUCGCAAAAAAAUAGAUUAGUUUUUUAUGCAGAAUUGAUCGUACGGAUUUGUAAUUUCUUUUCAAACACAUUAUCAAUGGAAAAUUUGUAAAACGACAACUUUUUGUAAAA